AUGCUCCCCAGCUCAAGUUCUCCCCAAUUUGUUGGUACUGUUCAACAACAGCAACAACAACAAUUUGUGGCCCCAGUUGUCCAACAUCAACAAUUUGUUGCCCCAGCUGUCCAACAGCAACAACAACAAUUUGUCCAACAACAACAAUUCGUUGCCCCAGCUGUCCAACAACAAUUUGUUGCUCCAGCCGUUCAACAACAAGUCGUCAGCCAACCCAUCUACACCCAACCCCAACAACAAACCAUUAUUUCCAAGGAAGUCUAUGUUCACUCUGCCCCUGAAGAAGUUGAAGAAAUCGGCAACGAUUCCAACGUACCAUUGGGACCCAUCCGCAAAAACUACCGCAUUGUAUUCAUCAAGGCCCCAGCCCAAAACCUUAAAUUGAACUUGGAAUCCCUGAAACGUGCUCAAGCCUCCAACGAAGAAAAGACCGUCAUCUAUGUCUUGUCCAAGAAACCCGACUUCACCCAAAUCCAAAACCAAUUGUCGGUUGUCCAAAACGAACAGAAAUCCCACAAACCCGAAGUCUUCUUCAUCAAGUACAAGACUCAGGAAGAGGCCAACCGUGCUCAACAAGAAAUCCAAGCUCAAUACGAUUCUUUGGGUGGUUCCACCCAUGUUUCCGAUGAAGGUGUUGCUCCCGUUACCUCAGUCAUUGGCGGUGGUGUUGUCAACAUUGGCAAUGCUGGCAGCAACUUGGGUGGUGGCUCCGUUUCAUUCCAAGGCGGCAACACCUUCGGUCACCAACAACAGAAACAAUUCGUCCAGCAAUCCUACCAAACCACCUCUACUGUCGCUACUUCUGUUCCCAACCAGAAGUACUUGCCGGCCCAGAAGAAAUAAGAUGGCCAUUGAAUUUUUGUUUUAAAAAAACUUGUGCCAUUAGAUGUUGUUACACCUGAUAGAA